UGCAGUAUGCUGACCCUGAUCAGUGGUCUCAUACCGCAGCCCAGGGGCUCCAGAAGUAAACAUUUCCGUGCCAUUUCUCACGUACGUCUUCUUCAGGUCAGCGAUACGCUAUAAACUCGUGUCUUCCUCCUCGAAAAUCACCGUUUGUAAGACGACAUUGGACACUACAGAGGCCAGAAAACCAAUGUGUUGAGCUGUGACGAGCGAGGUUAGAAAUCACCCGGGUAGGUAGGCAGGUCAAGGUGAUCAUAUAUGCACAGUCUUCGCACACGUCGUGCGUUUCGUGCCAAAAUAUUGAACACCGUAAAUCCUGGCUAUAAACAGGUCCUUACUAGUGGAUAGGAAUUAUUUUGUGGUCACUGUUAAGUCCCGGAGAGAUAUUGGGUGUAGCUCAGCUCUGUGAAACGGAGGAUUUUUGUCCAGCAGUGACAGUGUAACUGCGACAGCUUCUGCAACAUGGGAACCACAGGCAGUAAGCGGGAGAGGAGUGAUUCCGGAGGCGGGGUCUCCCGGGACUCUCUGGACGCUGACAGGCUGGACCUGAGCCGCCCCGGGAGUAAGAUCAUGGUGGGGUCACCUCUGGAGGACGCCUUCGAGUUCUCUCCGUCUCCAAGUGUGAAGAGUGCAAGCAUGAGAAUCCCAGACCAACAGCAAGCAUCCAAAAGUUCAUCUGCAAAGAAGGAUACUGUGCCGACCAUGUUCCGCUGGCGUUCUAAUGCUAAGACUGUGGCUAUGGCAGGCUCUUUUAAUGAGUGGGCAACCAAGAUACCUUUGAACAAGAGCCACAAUGACUUUGUGACCUUCAUUGACCUACCUGAAGGAAGACAUGAGUACAAGUUCUAUGUAGAUGGGCAGUGGGUACACAAUCCAGAUGUGCCCUCUGUGGAUAACCAGCUUGGGACAUUGAAUAAUGUUGUGGAGGUGAAGAAGUCUGAUUUUGAGGUGUUUGAUGCUCUGGCUUCAGACUUGGAUUCACUGUCCAGCAGUGCAAAAGGUGAAACUACAAGGGCAGAUGUAUCAGGGUCCCCCCCAGGACCGUAUGGUCAGUCUGUCCCUGAGCGGAGCCCGUACGACAGGAUACAGAACCCCCCCAUCCUGCCUCCUCAACUGCUGCAGGUUAUCCUCAACAAGGACAUGUCUGUACAGUGUGAGCCGACAUCCCUGCCUGAGCCACAUCAUGUCAUGCUGAACCACCUCUAUGCCCUGUCUAUUAAGGAUGGAGUGAUGGUGCUGAGUGCCACACAUCGCUACAAGAAGAAGUAUGUGACAACCCUGCUGUACAGACCCAUCACCUGAGGGCUCAUGUAUAUGAUUUCUUCAUGUAUGCUUCAUAUCAAUGCAGCAGAUGCAAAGAGUGUCUAUAUGGUCAUGUCAGUAAAUGUGCAGCAUUAUUUCUAGCCACAUUACUAAUGCAUAGGUAAUGUAUAAAUGAUGUAUUACUUGUAUAGUGAUCAACCUGCUCCUUCCAAAAACGUAAAAGAAAGACGGUAAUGAACACUGAACUAGUUAUUGUUUUCCUCACUGUUAGCGUUCUGUACUUAUUUCCACUGCUUUGUAACAUCCUGACUUUGAUAUGAUUUACUCCUGUGUACAUCUGGGAAAUGAGACAGCAUGUUUUAAGCCUGUCAUCUAAAAUUGGUUACGAGUAGACUAUACGGUCUCAUUGUAAUGAUGAAAGGUAGGAAAAGGCUUGUAAAUGCAUUAAAACUAAUUUCUUUCAUCCAUGCUCAAAGAAUGUGAUGCUGCAAAGGGUACUGCUCUUAAAACAUUGAUUUUGCUCUCUUGUGUCUUGCUUUGCUGCUAAAAUUUACCUUUGUUCAGUUCUCCAGAUGUGACCUAUCUUAUUUUGUUUCGUUUUUCUUUUCUGUUACUGCUCCUGUGAAUGAACACAAUAUUAAAAAUCUGUACAUAGGAAAAUUGUAGACUUUUCCAAUUGCGAAAGAUAAAUUGCUCAAAGCAUCUUCAACUAAGUGUUGUUUGUAACAAGUUUGCCGAUGUUGACAAACUAGUGAGAUUUAGCUUGCUGUACACAGUACAGCAGUAGGUGCAUAGUUGUCAAGGUUUAUGACAUGACCAUAGUUUUCAGGGGACAGCACCAACAUUUCUGGUUAUCACCUUUGCAAAUGAUUGAGAUUGUUUUGAGAUUAUAAAAAAUAGUGUUAACUUCAGUUUUCAUUUUAGGUUUUUGCACAUUACAGAUCAGCACUGUCAGUGCAGAUCCCACAGCACACACUUUCAUAGACAACACCUUUGUGCUGGCCAUUUCUUCACUCAGCAAACACUGCAAAUCAUGACAUCUCUUGUUUAGAACUCUCCUGAAGAUGUAAAAGCUAUGCUGUAUUGUACAUUUGCGGGGAAGAAGUCACAAACAUAGUAUGUGUAAAAUAUUAGUUACACACAAGUAUUCUUGUAACCAGUGAUCUACUUCAGACAAGACAUCGAAAGUAGCAAAUCAGUAUUCUCAUUACAUGAACUAUGAUAGUAUGUACACAUAGAUCUUAUUAUACAUUUUUGUUUCAUUUUGUCAUCGUACAUGAUAAAGGAAAGAUUUAUGAUAGUUGAUUGGUUUAUGUCACAAUAUGCUUAGCAUAUCUUUGCCACCCAAGAUGGUAGAAAGCUAGCUAAAAGUUGUGUGGUAACAAAAGUGUAUAUUGAUGGAAUAAACAAGUACAACAAAA